UUCAUCAGCAGGUCCGAUUCUUCUCAGUCACUAAACGGUAUAUGGAUGAUUUGCUACCUUUGAACAACCCAUAUAUAGUAAAGGCUGUGAUAUUUAGGCUACCCAUCUUUGCUGGAUUUAAAGGAAACCACAGACUGUCUGGAUGGUACAUCUUAUCUGGAUAUCUCUGGUUAUCUCGUCUCUUUGCAUAAUUUCGUCCUAUUUUCGUACUUUAUAUACUUUUUUUAGCUGUUUAGUAGUUUGUGUUAAACGUCGUUUUGGGAAUUGGCCUUCUGAUGAUUAACCUGGAAUGUCCAUAUUGUUUGACAGCUGGUAUACGAUUGUCUGUUUCGACGCAUAGAUUCAGGGUAGAUAACUCUCACCACCAUAUCUACUUUCGGUGGCUCAUUUAACGUUUGGUUGUGAAGGUCACAGUUGACGCUUGGUGGGAAACAGGGAAGGGAGGAAAUGGUGUGAUCGCCCGGUGAACGCUUUGGUCUGGGUAGAGUAUAGGGGAGACGAGAAUGAAGCAUUUAUCUUCCUACAUCUGUUCUAUAUUUGAAGCGUGUUCUGUGUUAAAAUGCUGUGCGCAAAACAGGUUAAUGAACAACAGAGCAAGGCCUGGCCAAGCCUACUGUCCUACUGAUGUGGAGCAUAUAGCUAAUGUCAUAACACAUGGGCUAUGGAUCCUGCCAAGUGUUGCAGGCAUCAUGUGGAUGGUUUACCUGGCCAGAUCUGAACUGGAAUUUCUCAGUGCUGUCAUAUAUGGGCUUUCCCUUGUACUACUCUUCUCUGUUUCCACCACAUUUCAUGCCAUCUCUUACUCAGGAAAAUGUGGGUCCUUAAAAAAUUUCUUCCACAUAGGAGAUCGAGCUGUGAUAUACAUAUUUAUUGCUUCAUCAUACACUCCAUGGUUGACUCUAAAAGAUAUGGGGUCAUGGGGAUGUCAAUUUCUCUGCCUUGUCUGGUUGCUGGCUGCUAUAGGGAUUGCCUACCAGUAUACAUUUCAUGAACAGUACAAGUGGCUAGAGACAUUAUUUUACCUUGUGAUAGCAAUCAGCCCAUCUGUGGCUAUAGUAACAAUGAAAGAGAGUUCAGGGCUUGUAGAGAUGACUGCUGGUGGAAUGGUUUAUAUGGCUGGUGUCAUCUUCUUCAAAUGUGAUGGACUAAUCCCUUUCGCACAUGCGAUUUGGCACUGCUUUGUGAUUGUGGGUGCACUGUUCCAGUAUUACGCUGUGUGCACAUACCUUCUGGGCCAGGCAAACACAGAGAGCACAAAGCUAAGUUCAUUGGCAGACAGUAGGGUACUGGAGGAACUUUAGGUGCAGAUUGCCUGCAUUUUACAGGUAGUGACAAAACUCAUUUGUGUCACAAGAGUUAAACCCAAGGAGAAUGUUCAUUACCUCUGAGCCCUGUGAACUGGAGUGUCAGAUUUGCAAUUCAAAGUAGUCAACAUAUAGAGCACAAAGUUUGUUAUAUACAAGAGAAUAUUUCAUAAAUUUCAGUGCACGGAUGUAUUUUUGUCUACAGCCACUGAAGUGCUUUUGAGCAGUUGAUAUGAUAUACACUAAAACAUAUACUCUAUGACAAUGAAGUGACUUAUUUAUGUCUGUGAAAUUGAUUUAUCAAUGAAAUGUUGGACUUCAAUAAGCCAACCGUGAAGGCAACACAAUUUUGUAAGACUAUAGACAGUGUCGGUAUUCCCUAAUUGAAAGGAGAAUGGCGUGUAGAGAAAUAAUUUGGACAGUGUUAAUAUGAAGCUUGCAUCUUAGUUACACAAACAAAUCAAGUUAGCAUCAUUUUGGUAAUAAUUGUUUGCAUCAAUUCCACUGAAAGAAAGUGCUGUAAAGAUCGAAAAGGUUGAACGUUUACAGUACAUUUGAAUUGCACAAUAAAUUUUCAACUAUUUUUAACAUGUACUAGACAAAGAUAGGAAACUGAGUGUAGUUCAAGUAAUUUUAUAUCAUAAUGUCAAUGAACUGGUUUUCAAGUUUCCCUUGGGAGUAUGUUUAAUUUAAUAAUCCAGAAUGUAAAUCCUUUUUGAACAAUUAUGCUGCUUUCUAUAUGUUAUUGUGAAAAUGUUUUCGAUGUAUAUUGCCUGCUAGUUGUCAUGCCUUUUGUGACAAACUUUGCUAUUGUUUUUCAUUGAACUGAAGUUUACUUCACAUCAUGGUCAUGUGGAUGGCAUCUGACAAGUUACUGAAUUAGAAUAACAUUAUUAACAUAAUGACAACAUACGUUUCUGAUAUUAGCUUGUUGGUGUUUUUGUUGCUUUUAUUUUUGUGCCUCCCUUGACAAACAAUAUUGAGUUUAUGAAUAUUUAAUUUUUUCAUGUUCAGGUGUAUAACAUCAAUCUUUUUGCGUAUUAUGAAGAAAGCGAUAUUGUCAAUUCACCAUACAUUUAAGGAUACAUCCAUGUUGACUGAUGCAGGGAGUUAUAGCAGGUAACAUUUGCUGGAAAAAACAAAGACAGUGAGACUCUAUAAGGUACAUCAUUAAAAUAAUUUAUAUGGUUUCUAACAGAAUUUCUGCUACAGUUAGAACUCGCCAGAUUUCUAUCAGACAUUUUUGAGUCUUCAGAAAUAAUCCUGAAGUCUCCUGUGGUAUUGUAACAUACAUUUUGAUGAAUUUAAAAUGUUCACAACCUUUAUAUAUACAUAUGUGUAUGUAUUGUAUAUUUAAAUGUGUUCUUUACAAGCCAAGAUCAACAUACUUUCUUAUGGAGUAAAACAAGGUUAUUACAACAGUGCUAAUUGCCUUGACCUUUAUCAA